AUGGCAACCACCAAUAACAUUCAAGGAGACAAACCAUGCCCAACUGCCCUUGAGAGACAAAUUCAAACUCUCACCGCGGCUGUGGAGUGCCUCACUCAACAAAACCACGAUUUGGAAGAGCAGUUACGCCAAAAGAACGCGGGUCACGACACUCAGCAAGAGGACCAAGAAGGUACCAGUGCUAAGCGAAGGGACCAAGAGGGGCCGGAAGGUAGUAUUACCCCAAGCAGACCAAAGCGACAAGAUAUGAGCCGUCCAUCCGUCACAGAUAUGGCUCCACCCCAUAUUGUCAUGGAGAUGCAGGCGAUGAAGAAACAGAUGGACAUCAUGAUGAACGCCCUCAAAGGAUGGGUGUCCAGUGACCUUGAUGAUCUGGUCCACCGAACCGACUCACCAUUCAUCACGUUCGUCAACUCCUUCCCCCUUCCACCAAAGUUCUAUAUGCCACAGGUGGAAAACUACGACGGAAACAAAGACCCUCUAGAUCAUUUGGAGUCCUUCAAGACCUUGAUGCACCUUCAGGGGGUACCCGACAAGAUCAUGUGCAGAGCUAUCCCCACCACGCUGAAGGGUCCUGCAAGGAUAUGGUUUAGCAAGUUGACGCCUAACUCUAUCAGUACUUUCAAGGAGCUAAGCGCCCAGUUUGCUUCGCAUUUCAUCAGGGGACACAGGUAUAAGAAGUCUACAGCAUGCUUGAUAAGCAUUAAGCAGCGGGAAGAUGAGACGCUAAGGUCUUACAUAGCAUGCUUUAAUAAAGAGGCGCUUUCAAUCGAUGAAGCUGACGACAAGAUACUUGUAGCCGCUUUCACAAAUGGGCUGCGGAAGGGUAAGUUCCUAUUUUCACUAUACAAGAACAACUCGAAGACUAUGUCGGACAUGCUUUACAGGGCAACCAAGUACAUGAAUGUUGAAGACAUGCUUCUGACUCGAGAGAAGAGAGAAAGGUAG